UCCUUUAGAGAUCAGGAGACAUUUGGACUACAAGACCAGACUUUUGUUCCUUUAUUGAAAAUCUUAUUUUCACUGCCUUACAAGCCUUUUCCCUGGUCUAACAGACAGAUAUCAUGGAUAAUAAUCCAGAAUCUCAGGGACCAUCCCCCCCACCAUACCCUGGAGAAUAUAAGACUGGAGCGGACAUGGGUACCCAGCCUCAGCCUCCUGCCCAGCCUGGUCCAUAUCAACAACCCGUUUACCAGUACAAUGCACAACAACCUCAGCUUGUACAGUCUGGUGAGUUGGUGGUGGUGCAGCCGAUGCCAAGUGAUGCUCCUGGACAGAUGAUGUGUCCUCGCUGCCAAAGCACUAUUAUCACUUCUCUUACGUACAAAAAUGGCUUGCUGACCUGGCUUAUCUGUGGUAUACUAGGAGCCUUGCUAAUCUGGCCUUGCUGUCUGAUCCCGUUCUGCGUGAAUUCUCGUAAAGGCGUGGAGCACCACUGCCCCUCAUGUAACAACGUCCUGCAUGUCUAUAAACGAAUGUGAAACAGGACUGCAGUGAAAGCUCUGCUGAAAUAACAACAAAGGGCAGAGAAACCAACCAUGACUAAAUAAACCCUGCACUCAUUUGUGCAAAAUGCAUAUUUGUUCUUGUCGUAUUCUGUACUGUACAUAUAGGUGCAGUAGCUAGAAGAUUACACAACAGCUCUGCUUUCUUCUUUUCUUUAUAUCUGAUAAUGUGAAAUGUGCAAUCAUGUUGUAAAAAUGUAAGUCUUUCUGUCAUAAUCAUGUUUGCUUGACUUGUCCAGAGUGAUAUCGUCUCCACACAACAUAGCUCAGUGUUAAACUCAGGCAACAACAUCAGAUGGUAACUUUUAUGAUAGGGGUUUUUUAAAAUAAAAUGUCUGCAAAAAGUUAUUAACUAUCAAAUCUUAGGUUACAUUGUUUAUUCACUGAAUUUAUUCUGUUAACAAAGCAUGUUAUUGUAACCAUGAGCAACUUGCUGAUUGUACCAUGGAAUGAGUGAAAUGAAUAAAUCACCACUUAAUCACCCCUAAAAUAUAACUUUCAUUUUCUUAGUAGUUAGCAUUCAUAAACAAAAUAAUGGCUCUUUGAUCUCUGAGUUAUCAAAAUAAGGUUUAUAAAGUGAAGCCGUGUCAAUCUAGGUGAAGUAUAAUAAUAAUAACUGGCUCGGGAGGUAGAGAGGGUCGUCUCCUAAUCCGUAGGUCGACGGUUCUGUUCCUGGCUUCUCUGGGCCAACUGCUGAAACAAGCUGAGCAAGUCAUAGAACCUCAAGUUGGCAUCAAUGGUGUGUGCACUUGGGAGCGUGAAAGGGCAAAU